AGGGGAAAUGAGCGGCAACCACAGAAGAAAAAACUCUCAUGGUUUUGUACUGAAUAGGUGUGCCACGCUGAUACAUCGUUUUUAACCACUUUUUUUAUUCAAACACAUUUAACAACUGAAGGUUGCUGUUUGGAGUGACCAUGUCAGGAAUACCCCCGGACACAUGGCAGCCGCCCACAGUGGCCCUGGAGUCGACGAUGGGGACGGUGGUGGUGGAGCUGUACUGGAAACAUGCACCAAAGACCUGCAAAAACUUCGCAGAGCUGGCCCGAAGAGGCUACUACAACAACACGAAGUUUCACAGAAUCAUCAAAGACUUCAUGGUGCAGGGUGGAGAUCCCACAGGCACAGGUCGCGGUGGUGCCUCUAUAUUUGGUAAACAGUUUGAAGAUGAACUGAGCGCAGAACUGAAAUUCACAGGCGCCGGUAUUCUUGCGAUGGCCAAUGCAGGACCGGACACCAAUGGAAGCCAGUUCUUCCUCACUCUUGGACCCACCCAGUGGUUGGAUGGAAAGCACACUAUAUUUGGAAGAGUAUACCAGGGGAUGGGAGUGCUGAGCCGCAUCGGGAUGGUGGAGACAAACAGUCAAGAUCGUCCAAUGGAUGAUAUAAAAAUUGUCAGAGCGAGUGUGCCCAACUGAAUAAAUGUGAUUUUUUUUCUUUUACUACAUUGUUUAAAAAAUAAAUAAAUGUCUGAUUUGUAUAUAAA